AUGGCGACAGGAGUAGACGCAAGGCUCUUGAAGUCUACGAAGUUUCCGCCAGAAUUCAAUCAGAAGGUGGACAUGCAAAAGGUCAACUUGCAGGUCAUUAAGAAGUGGAUAGCCAGCAAAAUCUCCGAGAUCCUUGGAGGCGAAGACGAUGUUGUGAUUGAGCUCUGCUUUGGGUUGAUAGAGGGUUCCCGAUUCCAGACAGAGUUGCCGAAGAGUCCCGUCGCCGUCGCGAAGAUGCAGAUCGGCGACAAUCCCAAGGAGGUGACCCAAGAGAACGGCGCGACUGGGGACGAGGGCGAGGAGGUGAUACGUGGCGUGGCCGACGUGGCGAUCGUGCUUUCGACGACCGCGGACGAGCGAACUAUGACCGUGGAAGAGACAGUUAUGUCCCAAAUAGCCAUCGUGGCACUGGCCUCCGAGGCGGCGCUGCAGGUCGUCGUCGCAGAAGUACGCGAUCACCGUCUGCUGAAGGUUCAUCGCCCCGAGAACGUCGCACUCCAAGUCAAGAUGGCCCAAGACACCGAGGUCAACGUUCUCCUAGUCCCGGUCCCCGGCAAAGACCUGGUUCUCCGUCCAGACAGGCCAAGCCUCGAAAACGUUCAAGGUCUUCUACAAGACAAAGCAAGCCAAUCUUUGCUCGCGAUGAGGAAGAUUGUCGGUCACGGUCUGCUUCUAGAAGCCGGUCGCGGGCGCCUCCUGCCAAGAGACGCAGGCGUUCUUUGA